UCCGAUGGAUUAGAAGCCGCGACAGGUGGAACUUCAGCACCAUCGACACUUUUAUCAACGACAGAAAGAGGUGAAACUACAACAACGCGAGCUGGCUCGACAACAACGAUAGUUGGAACAACGUCAGGUGGAAGUACUGCGACGUCAAAUGGAACGCCUACAGAUGAUAAACCAACAACGUUAGUUGGAUCCACAGUGACGCCAGAUAAAACUACAUCAAUGUCAGAUGGAAAAACAACAGUGUCAGGUCUAAGCUCGACAACGCCAGGUGGAAGUACUACAACGUCAAAUGGAACGCCUAAAGAUGAUAAACCAACAACGUUAGUUGGAUCCACAGCGACGCCAGAUGUAAGUACCACAACGCCAGUUGGAUCGACAACGACAGUUGAAAUAACGUCAGGUGGAUCUACAACAGUGCCAGGCCUAAGCUCGACAACGGCAGGUGAAAGUACUACAACGUCAAAUGGAACGCCAACAGAUGAUAAACCAACAACGUUAGUUGAAUCCACAGUGACGCCAGAUAAAACUACAUCAAUGUCAGAUGGAAAAACAACAGUGUCAGGUCUAAGCUCGACAACGCCAGGUGGAAGUACUACAACGUCAAAUGGAACGCCAACAGAUGAUAAACCAACAACGUUAGUUGGAUCCACAAUGAAGCCAGAUAAAACUACAUCAAUGUCAGAUGGAACAACAACAGUGUCAGGUCUAAGCUCGUCAACGCCAGGUGAAAGUACUACAACGUCAAAUCGAACGCCAACAGAUGAUAUACCAACAACGUUAGUUGGAUCCACAACGACGCCAGAUGAAAAUACUACAACGCCAGUUGGCUCGACAAUAACGACAGUUGAAAUAACGUCAGGUGGAUCUACAACAGUGCCAGGCCUAAGCUCGACAACGCCAGGUGGAAGCACUACAAUGUCAAAUGGAACGCCAACAGAUGAUAAACCAACAACGUUAGUUGAAUCCACAGUGACGUCAGAUAAAACUACAUCAAUGUCAGAUGGAACAACAAGAGUGUCAGGUCUAAACUCGACAACGCCAGGUGAAAGUACUACAACGUCAAAUGGAACGCCUACAGAUGAUAAACCAACAACGUUAGUUGGAUCCACAGCGACGCCAGAUGUAAGUACCAAAACGCCAGUUGGAUCGACAACGACAGUUGAAAUAACGUCAGGUGGAUCUACAACAGUGCCAGGCCUUAGCUCGACAACGCCAGGUGGAAGCACUACAACGUCAAAUGGAACGCCAACAGAUGAUAAACAAACAACGUUAGUAGGAUCCACAGUGACGCCAGAUAAAACUACAUCAAUGUCAGAUGGAACAACAACAGUGUCAGACCUAAGUUCGCCAGGUGAAAGUACUAUAACGUCAAAUGGAACGCCAACAGAUGAUAUACCAACAACGUUAGUUGGAUCCACAACGACGCCAGAUGAAAAUACCACAACGCCAGUUGCAUCGACAACAACGACAGAUGAAAUAACGUCAGGUGGAUCUACAACACCGUCAGGUCUAAGUUCGUCAACGCCAGGUGAAAGUACUACAACGUCAAAUCGAACGCCAACAGAUGAUAUACCAACAACGUUAGUUGGAUCCACAACGACGCCAGAUGAAAAUACCACAACGCCAGUUGGAUCGACAACGACAGUUGAAAUAACGUCAGGUGGAUCUACAACAGUGCCGGGCCUAAGCUCGACAACGGCAGGUGGAAGUUCUACAACGUCAAAUGGAACGCCAACAGAUGAUAUACCAACAACGUUAGUUGGAUCCACAGUGACGCCAGAUAAAACUACAUCAAUGUCAGAUGGAACAACACCAGUGUCAGGCCUAAGUUCGCCAGGUGAAAGUGCUACAACGUCAAAUGGAACGCCAACAGAUGAUAAACCAACAACGUUAGUUGGCUCCACAGUGACGCCAGAUAAAACUACAUCAAUGUCAGAUGGUUCUACAACAGUGUCAGGCCUAAGCUCGACAACGCCAGGUGGAAGUUCUACAACGUCAAAUGGAACGCCAACAGAUGAUAAACCAACAACGUUAGUUGGAUCCACAGUGACGCCAGAUAAAACUACAUCAAUGUCAGAUGGAACUACAACAGUGUCAGGCCUAAGUUCGACAACGCCAGGUGGAAGUUCUACAACGUCAAAUGGAACGCCUACAGAUGAUAAAACAACAACGUUAGUUGGACCCACAGCGACGCCAGAUGAAAGUACCACAACGCUAGUUGGAUCGACAACGACAGUUGAAAUAACGUCAGGUGGAUCUACAACAGUGCCAGGCCUAAGCUCGACAACGGCAGGUGGAAGUUCUACAACGUCAAAUGGAACGCCAACAGAUGAUAUACCAACAACGUUAGUUGGAUCCACAGUGACGCCAGAUAAAACUACAUCAAUGUCAGAUGGAACUACAACAGUGUCAGGCCUAAGUUUGACAACGCCAGGUGGGAGUUCAACAACGUCAAAUGGAACGCCUACAUAUGAUAAAACAACAACGUUAGUUGGACCCACAGCGACGCCAGAUAAAACUACAUCAAUGUCAGAUGGAACUACAACAGUGUCAGGCCUAAGUUCGACAACGCCAGGUGGAAGUUCUACAACGUCAAAUGGAACGCCUACAGAUGAUAAAACAACAACGUUAGUUGGACCCACAGCGACGCCAGAUAAAACUACAUCAAUGUCAGAUGGAACUACAACAGUGUCAGGCCUAAGUUCGACAACGCCAGGUGGAAGUUCUACAACGUCAAAUGGAACGCCUACAGAUGAUAAAACAACAACGUUAGUUGGACCCACAGCGACGCCAGAUGAAAGUACCACAACGCCAGUGGGAUCGACAACAACGACAGUUGAAAUAACGUCAGGUGGAUCUACAACAGUGCCGGGCCUAAGCUCGACAACGGCAGGUGGAAGUUCUACAACGUCAAAUCGAACGCCAACAGAUGAUAAACCAACAACGUUAGUUGGAUCCACAGUGGCGCCGGAUAAAACUACAUCAAUGUCAGAUGGAACAACAACAGUACCAGGCCUAAGUUCGCCAGGUGAAAGUACUAUAACGUCAAAUGGAACGCCAACAGAUGAUAUACCAACAACGUUAGUUGGAUCCACAGUGACGCCAGAUAAAACUACAUCAAUGUCAGAUGGAACAACAACAGUGUCAGGCCUAAGUUCGCCAGGUGGAAGUUCUACAACGUCAAAUGGAACGCCAACAGAUGAUAUACCAACAAUGUUAGUUGGAUCCACAGUGACGCUAGAUAAAACUUCAUCAAUGUCAGAUGGAACUACAACAGUGUCAGGCCUAAGCUCGACAACGGCAGGUGGAAGUUCUACAACGUCAAAUGGAACGCCAACAGAUGAUAUACCAACAACGUUAGUUGGAUCCACAGUGACGCUAGAUAAAACUUCAUCAAUGUCAGAUGGAACUACAACACUGUCAGGCCUCAGUUCGACAACGUCAGGUGUAAGUCCUACAACGUCAAAUGGAACGCCAACAGAUGAUAAACCAACAACGUUAGUUGGAUCCACAGUGACGCUAGAUAAAACUUCAUCAAUGUCAGAUGGAACAACAACAGUGUCAGGCCUAAGUUCGCCAGGUGGAAGUUCUACAACGUCAAAUGGAACGCCAACAGAUGGUAUACCAACAACGUUAUUUGGAUCCACAGUGACGCUAGAUAAAACUUCAUCAAUGUCAGAUGGAACUACAACAGUGUCAGGCCUAAGUUCGACAACGUCAGGUGUAAGUCCUACAACGUCAAAUCGAACGCCAACAGAUGAUAAACCAACAACGUUAGUUGGAUCCACAGUGACGCUAGAUAAAACUUCAUCAAUGUCAGAUGGAACAACAACAGUGUCAGGCCUAAGUUCGAAAACGUCAGGUGUAAGUCCUACAACGUCAAAUGGAACGCCAACAGAUGAUAAACCAACAACGUUAGUUGGAUCCACAGUGACGCUAGAUAAAACUUCAUCAAUGUCAGAUGGAACUACAACAGUGUCAGGCCAAAGUUCGACAACGCCAGGUGGAAGUUCUAGAACGUCAAAUGGAACGCCAACAGAUGAUAAACCAACAACGUUAGUUGGAUCCACAGUGACGCCAGAUAAAACUACAUCAAUGUCAGAUGGAACAACAACAGUGUCAGGCCUAAGUUCGCCAGGUGGAAGUUCUACAACGUCAAAUGGAACGCCAACAGAUGAUAUACCAACAACGUUAGUUGGAUCCACAGUGACGCUAGAUAAAACUUCAUCAAUGUCAGAUGGAACUACAACACUGACAGGCCUAAGUUCGACAACGUCAGGUGUAAAUCCUACAACGUCAAAUGGAACGCCAACAGAUGAUAAACCAACAACGUUAGUUGGAUCCACAGUGACGCUAGAUAAAACUUCAUCAAUGUCAGAUGGAACAACAACAGUGUCAGGCCUAAGUUCGACAACGUCAGGUGUAAGUCCUACAACGUCAAAUGGAACGCCAACAGAUGAUAAACCAACAACGUUAGUUGGAUCCACAGUGACGCUAGAUAAAACUUCAUCAAUGUCAGAUGGAACAACAACAGUGUCAGGCCUAAGUUCGACAACGUCAGGUGUAAGUCCUACAACGUCAAAUGGAACGCCAACAGAUGAUAAACCAACAACGUUAGUUGGGUCCACAGUGACGCUAGAUAAAACUACAUCAAUGUCAGAUGGAACAACAACAGUGUCAGGCCUAAGUUCGCCAGGUGGAAGUUCUACAACGUCAAAUGGAACGCCAACAGAUGAUAUACCAACAACGUUAGUUGGAUCCACAGUGACGCUAGAUAAAACUUCAUCAAUGUCAGAUGGAACUACAACAGUGUCAGGCCUAAGUUCGACAACGCCAGGUGGAAGUUCUACAACGUCAAAUGGAACGCCAACAGAUGAUAAACCAACAACGUUAGUUGGAUCCACAGUGACGCCAGAUAAAACUACAUCAAUGUCAGAUGGAACAACAACAGUGUCAGGCCUAAGUUCGCCAGGUGGAAGUUCUACAACGUCAAAUGGAACGCCAACAGAUGAUAUACCAACAAUGUUAGUUGGAUCCACAGUGACGCUAGAUAAAACUAUAUCAAUGUCAGAUGGAACUACAACAGUGUCAGGCCUAAGCUCGACAACGGCAGGUGGAAGUUCUACAACGUCAAAUGGAACGCCAACAGAUGAUAUACCAACAACGUUAGUUGGAUCCACAGUGACGCCAGAUAAAACUACAUCAAUGUCAGAUGGAACUACAACAGUGUCAGGCCUAAGCUCGAGAACGUCAGGUGUAAGUCCUACAACGUCAAAUGGAACGCCAACAGAUGGUAUACCAACAACGUUAGUUGGAUCCACAGUGACGCCGGAUAAAACUACAUCAAUGUCAGAUGGAACUACAACAGUGUCAGGCCUAAGUUCGACAACGUCAGGUGUAAGUCCUACAACGUCAAUUGGAACGCCAACAGAUGAUAAACCAACAACGUUAGUUGGAUCCACAGUGACGCUAGAUAAAACUUCAUCAAUGUCAGAUGGAACAACAACAGUGUCAGGCCUAAGUUCGACAACGCCAGGUGGAAGUUCUACAACGUCAAAUGGAACGCCAACAGAUGAUAAACCAACAACGUUAGUUGGGUCCACAGUGACGCCAGAUAAAACUACAUCAAUGUCAGAUGGAACAACAACAGUGUCAGGCCUAAGUUCGCCAGGUGGAAGUUCUACAACGUCAAAUGGAACGCCAACAGAUGAUAUACCAACAACGUUAGUUGGAUCCACAGUGACGCUAGAUAAAACUUCAUCAAUGUCAGAUGGAACUACAACAGUGUCAGGCCUAAGUUCGACAACGCCAGGUGGAAGUUCUACAACGUCAAAUGGAACGCCAACAGAUGAUAAACCAACAACGUUAGUUGGGUCCACAGUGACGCCAGAUAAAACUACAUCAAUGUCAGAUGGAACAACAACAGUGUCAGGCCUAAGUUCGCUAGGUGGAAGUUCUACAACGUCAAAUGGAACGCCAACAGAUGGUAUACACACAACGUUAUUUGGAUCCACAGUGACGCCGGAUAAAACUACAUCAAUGUCAGAUGGAACUACAACAGUGUCAGGCCUAAGUUCGACAACGUCAGGUGUAAGUCCUACAACGUCAAAUGGAACGCCAACAGAUGAUAAACCAACAACGUUAGUUGGAUCCACAGUGACGCUAGAUAAAACUUCAUCAAUGUCAGAUGGAACAACAACAGUGUCAGGCCUAAGUUCGACAACGCCAGGUGGAAGUUCUACAACGUCAAAUGGAACGCCAACAGAUGAUAUACCAACAACGUUAGUUGGGUCCACAGUGACGCCAGAUAAAACUACAUCAAUGUCAGAUGGAACAACAACAGUGUCAGGCCUAAGUUCGCCAGGUGGAAGUUCUACAACGUCAAAUGGAACGCCAACAGAUGAUAUACCAACAACGUUAGUUGGAUCCACAGUGACGCUAGAUAAAACUUCAUCAAUGUCAGAUGGAACUACAACAGUGUCAGGCCUAAGUUCGACAACGUCAGGUGUAAGUCCUACAACGUCAAAUGGAACGCCAACAGAUGAUAAACCAACAACGUUAGUUGGAUCCACAGUGACGCUAGAUAAAACUUCAUCAAUGUCAGAUGGAACAACAACAGUGUCAGGCCUAAGUUCGACAACGCCAGGUGGAAGUUCUACAACGUCAAAUGGAACGCCAACAGAUGAUAUACCAACAACGUUAGUUGGGUCCACAGUGACGCCAGAUAAAACUACAUCAAUGUCAGAUGGAACAACAACAGUGUCAGGCCUAAGUUCGCCAGGUGGAAGUUCUACAACGUCAAAUGGAACGCCAACAGAUGAUAUACCAACAACGUUAGUUGGAUCCACAGUGACGCUAGAUAAAACUUCAUCAAUGUCAGAUGGAACUACAACAGUGUCAGGCCUAAGUUCGACAACGCCAGGUGGAAGUUCUACAACGUCAAAUGGAACGCCAACAGAUGAUAAACCAACAACGUUAGUUGGGUCCACAGUGACGCCAGAUAAAACUACAUCAAUGUCAGAUGGAACAACAACAGUGUCAGGCCUAAGUUCGCUAGGUGGAAGUUCUACAACGUCAAAUGGAACGCCAACAGAUGGUAUACACACAACGUUAUUUGGAUCCACAGUGACGCUAGAUAAAACUUCAUCAAUGUCAGAUGGAACAACAACAGUGUCAGGCCUAAGUUCGACAACGUCAGGUGUAAGUCCUACAACGUCAAAUGGAACGCCAACAGAUGAUAAACCAACAACGUUAGUUGGAUCCACAGUGACGCUAGAUAAAACUUCAUCAAUGUCAGAUGGAACAACAACAGUGUCAGGCCUAAGUUCGACAACGUCAGGUGUAAGUCCUACAACGUCAAAUGGAACGCCAACAGAUGAUAAACCAACAACGUUAGUUGGAUCCACAGUGACGCUAGAUAAAACUUCAUCAAUGUCAGAUGGAACUACAACAGUGUCAGGCCUAAGUUCGACAACGCCAGGUGGAAGUUCUAGAACGUCAAAUGGAACGCCAACAGAUGAUAAACCAACAACGUUAGUUGGGUCCACAGUGACGCCAGAUAAAACUACAUCAAUGUCAGAUGGAACAACAACAGUGUCAGGCCUAAGUUCGCCAGGUGGAAGUUCUACAACGUCAAAUGGAACGCCAACAGAUGAUAUACCAACAACGUUAGUUGGAUCCACAGUGACGCUAGAUAAAACUUCAUCAAUGUCAGAUGGAACUACAACAGUGUCAGGCCUAAGUUCGACAACGCCAGGUGGAAGUUCUACAACGUCAAAUGGAACGCCAACAGAUGAUAAACCAACAACGUUAGUUGGAUCCACAGUGACGCCAGAUAAAACUACAUCAAUGUCAGAUGGAACAACAACAGUGUCAGGCCUAAGUUCGCCAGGUGGAAGUUCUACAACGUCAAAUGGAACGCCAACAGAUGAUAUACCAACAACGUUAGUUGGAUCCACAGUGACGCUAGAUAAAAUUUCAUCAAUGUCAGAUGGAACUACAACACUGUCAGGCCUAAGUUCGACAACGUCAGGUGUAAAUCCUACAACGUCAAAUGGAACGCCAACAGAUGAUAAACCAACAACGUUAGUUGGAUCCACAGUGACGCUAGAUAAAACUUCAUCAAUGUCAGAUGGAACAACAACAGUGUCAGGCCUAAGUUCGACAACGUCAGGUGUAAGUCCUACAACGUCAAAUGGAACGCCAACAGAUGAUAAACCAACAACGUUAGUUGGAUCCACAGUGACGCUAGAUAAAACUUCAUCAAUGUCAGAUGGAACAACAACAGUGUCAGGCCUAAGUUCGACAACGUCAGGUGUAAGUCCUACAACGUCAAAUGGAACGCCAACAGAUGAUAAACCAACAACGUUAGUUGGAUCCACAGUGACGCUAGAUAAAACUUCAUCAAUGUCAGAUGGAACUACAACAGUGUCAGGCCUAAGUUCGACAACGCCAGGUGGAAGUUCUACAACGUCAAAUGGAACGCCAACAGAUGAUAUACCAACAACGUUAGUUGGAUCCACAGUGACGCUAGAUAAAACUUCAUCAAUGUCAGAUGGAACUACAACAGUGUCAGGCCUAAGUUCGACAACGUCAGGUGUAAGUCCUACAACGUCAAAUGGAACGCCAACAGAUGAUAAACCAACAACGUUAGUUGGAUCCACAGUGACGCUAGAUAAAACUUCAUCAAUGUCAGAUGGAACAACAACAGUGUCAGGCCUAAGUUCGACAACGUCAGGUGUAAGUCCUACAACGUCAAAUGGAACGCCAACAGAUGAUAAACCAACAACGUUAGUUGGAUCCACAGUGACGCUAGAUAAAACUUCAUCAAUGUCAGAUGGAACUACAACAGUGUCAGGCCUAAGUUCGACAACGUCAGGUGUAAGUCCUACAACGUCAAAUGGAACGCCAACAAGUGAUAUACCAACAACGUUAGUUGGAUCCACAGUGACGCCAUAUAAAACUACAUCAACGUCAGAUGGUUCUGCAACAGUGUCAGGCCUAAGUUCGACAACGCCAGGUGGAAGUACUACAACGUCAAAUGGAACGCCAACAGAUGAUAAACCAACAACGUUAGUUGGAUCCACAGUGACGCUAGAUAAAACUUCAUCAAUGUCAGAUGGAACUACAACAGUGUCAGGCCUAAGCUCGACAACGGCAGGUGGAAGUUCUACAACGUCAAAUGGAACGCCAACAGAUCAUAUACCAACAACGUUAGUUGGAUCCACAGUGACGCCGGAUAAAACUACAUCAAUGUCAGAUGGAACUACAACAGUGUCAGGCCUAAGUUCGACAACGUCAGGUGUAAGUCCUACAACGUCAAAUGGAACGCCAACAGAUGAUAAACCAACAACGUUAGUUGGAUCCACAGUGACGCUAGAUAAAACUUCAUCAAUGUCAGAUGGAACUACAACAGUGUCAGGUCUAAGCUCGACAACGCCAGGUAGAAGUACUACAACGUCAAAUGGAACGCCAAGAGAUGAUAUUCCAACAACGCUGGUUGGAUCCACAGUGACGCCAGAUGAAAGUACAUCAAGGUCAGAUGGAACGCCAACAGUUGAUAUACGAACGACUUUAGUUGGAUCCAAAGCGACAACGUCACGUAUCUCACCAGGAACAGGUGGAAUUACAACGUUACCCGAUGCAUCGACAACAGCGCCAGGUGAAACAACAGCAACAGGUCUAACUUCAGUAACGUCAAAUGGAUCACCGACGUCAAAUGUAACAUCAACUUUAAAUAGAUCUGCAUCGACGUCAGUUGGAACAACAUCAACGUCAUAUAGACCAGCAGUUUCAACAACGUCAGGUGGAACUACAACAACGUCAGGUGUCUCAACAACAACAACGUUAGUUAAAAAUGUAACUGUAUUAGAUGCAACUACAUCGACGUCAGAUGCAGGUAUAACAACGUUAGGUGGAGCGACAACAACGCCAGAUGGAACGACAACGACGUCAGGUCUAAGUUCGACAAUGCCAGAUGGAUAUACUACAACGUCAGUUGGAACUACAGCUCUCACGUUCGAAGUUUUCAACACAUCUUCCACAGCAGAUGACACCAACAUAGCUAUCAACACAUGUGCGUGUAUCUGUGCGGCAUUCCGACCUAGCGUAACGUCUGUGGCUGAAAUUGAAAGGAUGGUCAAAGAACUACUCAUUGAUCGCAUGACGCUCUCGCUGUACAAGCGCGCGAAAAUAUCUGCACAAGAUGACCGCCCAUCUGCAAACUUAAUCGGGAAGGCGGGGGUCAUAUUUUUUGUCGUCUUACUGGUCGUAGUUGUCCUUUCAGAUUGUGUCAGUGUCAUUGAUAGACACUGUCGAGGACGAAGGAGAAAACGCUGGUCAUUUAACUAUGCUUGACUGUAUUCAAGAAGGAUGUCCUCACGAUAAGCACAGAGACACUCUAAUGGUCGCUUGAACAUUACGUAGAGGGGAAUG